CAUGGCCGUUGACAAACUCACUUAUGGCAGUUAGAGCUUUAUAACUCCUGAAAAUUUUUAAUUCACAAGUCUUAAUUUGCCAAACGAGCAACUGUGCAAAUACAGACUUAGUUGUCUUUUUUUACCUUGCGGCUGGUUUGGUUUUUAUCUCAUCUUCUGUGACUCGUUAGCCACUGAAGCUAGGUAGCGAGCUAACCUCUCCAUAGGGAACAAUGACAGCGACUUCUGCAGGCAUCGGCAGCUUCCUCCCCGCUAAAGGACUGGACAUAAGUCUGGCUGCUCUGCAGCGACAAGACCCAUACAUCAAUCACAUUGUGGACGUGGCCAGCCAAGUUGCUCUGUAUACUUACAACAACAGGGCAAAUGAGUGGGAGAAGACUGAGGUGGAAGGCACCCUCUUUAUCUACACAAGACUGGCAUCUCCGAGGCACGGUUUUACCAUCAUGAACAGACUCAGUAUGGAGAACCUGACAGAGCCAAUCACCAAAGACCUGGACUUCCAGCUCCAGCACCCCUUCCUACUUUACCGCAAUGCGAGACUGGUUAUCCAUGGGAUUUGGUUCUAUGAUAAGGAGGACUGUCAACGCAUUGCCCAGAGGAUGAAGAUUCUGACCCAGCAGGAACAGGCCCUGGCUCAGUCUCAGGGUGGAUGGUUGUCCCCAGGAGCAGGAGGAGGGGGAAGAAGUGGAGGAAGUGGAAGUGACGCGAAGACAGUGGACAUCAUCCAGAUGUUGACCAAAGCACGCACAGAGUAUGACAAGGGGCAAUCCACAUCAGAGCCAAAGGAGAUUGGUGGCAGCAGCGUUCUAUGUGGAAACCCCAACCUGAUCAAACCAAUACCUGUAAAACCCACCACUCAGGACAGUGAAGGUGCUGAACCCAAGUCUCUCUCCCUGGCCACUCUUUUUGGCUCCCAACAUCAACAUCACCACUCCUCCAAACCUGACCCAGUCUCUCCUUUGGCGGGGUCGUCAACAGGGAAAGUCACCCGCCCACCUGUAGCCCGCACGCUGACAUACGAGGAGACGGUGAACUCUGGCAGAAGUGUCACCUCCAAGGGAGGGAACGUGGUCAUGGCUGGUUGCUCAGAUAGAGGGCUCAGGGCUGCGAUUGGUGGACAAACUGUCGGAGUAGAUAGUGGAAAUGUUGGGGGUUUGCUGCCCAGUCCCAGCGCUGCCCAUCAGCAGCAGCAGCAGAACCAGCCUCAGCACUGCCCAGCCAUCCAGAAGCUCAUGCAGGGACAGAGAGGGGUCGGAGGGGUCGUAGGAGUGCUUCAGACCGUGUCCGAGUCCCCCGAGAACAGGCUGUGUGACAACGGGGUGCCGUUGGAGCAUCACCACCAUCACCAUCUGUUCCAUCAUCAUCAGCAGCACCACCACCACCAUCAGCAGCAGCUUCAACCGGACCCAAUCAAGAGACUUUUCCAAAUCCAGCCACUUCCUCCCUCCUCCACCUCCUUCACCUCUGCUGCUCCACUGAGUUGCUCCAACCCUCCUCCCCUGCAGCAGAAUCCUCAUCUCUCUUCCCAGCCCGCAAUGGUGGAUUCUCUGUCAUGUUCACACCUGCAAGCGCCACAAAGCCAGCAUCUGUUUUUCAGCCUGUCCAAACCUCAGCCAGAGGCUCAGCACAACAGCCAAUCAGCGUCAGCGAUACAGGGAACAGGAUUGCUGCUAUCUCAGGUGACCAAUGAGCAAGUCCUUCAACCAUCACAAGGUGUGUCUUCCCAGAUGCCCGGUGUGGUGUCGCCUCAUGAGCUCCUGCAAAAGCUCCAGCUGGUCCAGCAGGAGCAAAACCUGGCUUCCCAGGACCCCCCUCGACUCUGUCCAGGACUGGCCCCUCGAUUUCUGGGGCCCACUCAAGGUCAAGGUGUGGGCUCAGUCCCAAACCCGACCACAUCAACUGCAGGUCAAAAGGCUGCGCUGCAGUUUCAGGUCAUCUCCCCCCAGCGGAUACCAGCCACUGUGGCCCCCAACCUGCUCCUCUCUCCCAGUAUGUUCUCUCAGGCAAAGUCUAGUGGCGGGCUGACAGCGGUUGCCCAAGAGAGCUGCCCCGCCCCCUCAACCCUGUCCAGACCCCCACUGCAGGAGGAGAUCAGAGUCCUGUCCAGAAGCCAGCUUCAAGCCACACUGCUGAACCUGAUCCAGACUGACAACUCAUUCCUGGACACCAUCUACGAAGCCUACGUCAGCCGCUUUGCUAACGACUCCAGCAGCAAGUACUGAUGACUCCUCACACCCUCUGUCUAUACAUACACCCUGUCCAGAGCAGCGAGGCUCAUUCUUACACUUGAUGUGGAUGGACCACUUCCUCCUCUGAACCCUACACACACGUUCACCGCUUCUCCUAUGCACUGUACAUCCCCUCAACCCGACUCUCUUCACUUCUAACAAGACUCUCUGGUUGCAACAAAAAAGAGCCGUCAUCAAAAGUCAUAGGUGUGUUUGUCUUUUCAUCCUGUGACUCCUCUGAAAAAAACGAAUCCUCUCAAGCUGAGGACCACUAAUUUCUGGCUCAAAUGCGGCAUCACCAUACAGUCUUGACCUCACCUGUAUUUAAGGGGAAAAUGUAGCCUAUAUUCAUAUUAUGCUGCAACCUCACAGGUGUUUGGAUUUAGUAGUAAACUGCACUAUUUUUUUUCCAACAAGUGUAGCAGAAUUUUAUGCUUUUUUUGUUUUGUUAUAACCUGUAAUAUUUACUCUGACUCAGUCGUCUAACACCAGCCAGCCUCCUGGGCUUUAACAAACACGUCUUCCUAGUCUAAGAACUAGUGCUGAAGGAUAUGCUCAAACUCGCUUCACUUAGAAAAUGAAGUGUGAAACAUGUUAAACAUGUUUUUGUGUUCUGUAUAUUUGGAAAAGUAAUUAAGGUUAAAUGGGAUCAGAAUUUACAAUUCCUCUAAAUUAAGCUUGCUUUCUAAAGGAAUUUUAAGUAUAUUUUAUCAUCCAAAUUCUUUUGAAGUUAUUAUUGAAGUGAUACCUUGUCGUUUUGAUGUUUUUUCUCUUGUUUUUCAGCAGACUGUGCUGCGAUAAAUAUCUGUAUUGGUAUUUUAGCCACAGUCACUGAAUGUUGUCACUGGGCUUAAUGACUUUUUGUAAGUGAAACUGGUGUAUGUUGCCCACAAGGGGAAGUUAUAUCCACUUAUUGUUAGGCCCCAUUUACACCUGGUGUUAAAAUGAGACAUGUCAUCCGGAUAAGGAAUAACGCAUGGUAUAACUGCGUUGUGAUCAGAUCUGCCUGAUCACAUCUGGAGGUAAUCUGGUCUGUCUAGUCACACAGAAGCCUACAUGGUGGCACUGCAACAUACAGACAAACUAACACAAUGUUUCUUAAACAAAGAAAGGAAUAACGUAAUGUAUUGCAGCUGCGAAAUUUACAAAAGGGGACAAAUAAUCAAGAUUUUUUUGUUGACAUUUUACAAAGUUUCACACAACUCGACUACUGACAAAACUCAGAUUUUUAAGGGAGUCUGGGGCUGAUUUGCCGCCACCCUCAAUUUCAUCAACCCUGGGUUCUCAAUGAGAACAAGGAGAACGUAUUAAAAAUAGCAGGUGUAAACACAAAGGCGAGGUCGGAUCUUUUACCUAGCUGUCUGGAUCUAGAUCCCAUUUUAAUACCAGGUAUAAAAGGGGUGUUAAUGUGUGGAUUUUCAGGUGUGUCGGGGAGAAAAUCUUCACAGCACUUUAUAACUUUAGGAGUGCUUUGUUACUCUUAUUCCUCCUCUCCAGAUAUUACGAUCACGAGGAAGAAUUUGGAAUGGCACAGCAUCCAUCUAACUUAAAGUAUCAAGGAAAGUACAGGAGAUUGUUUACCUGCACUACCUCACAGAGAGCUAGUUUGGAGGCGUUGCCUGUGUUUUUAUUUCACCGCAGAUUGUCAGCAAUGUGAUUGGACAUUUAUAAAGGUUAGAUGAUCCAGUCAGGAUUCCUUAUCAAUUUAACAAAAGGGUUUUCAUAACAGAAUAAAAGCAUUGACAACAUUUUAACACAUGAAAAUAACACUUGUAAUAGUGUUUUUUCUCGCCAGCGCCAUUACUGUUUAACAACUAUGUAACAUGGAGUGAUUUUGCUUUCAUGCCCGUUUCUGAACAUUCUACCAAACAAAGCAACUUACAGAAUCCCCUCAGGAAUAAUAAAGCAAUUUAUUGAUGAAUGAUUUGCUAUUAAUGGCAAAUCCAGUAAAAUAAUAGAUAAAUGGAGAUUUAGGGCAACAAAAAGAAAAAGAAGGUAUAAAUAUACCCAGUAAUUGUUUAGAGUUCACAGGCAUGUUCAAAGCAAAGUGUAGUAAAUAAUAUUCUAGAAAAAUAUAUUUCCGAAAUACUGUUUUGCUCUAGGCAUUGCAUACAAUCAACCAGCCAAACUUUGUAGAUUUUUCCACUCAGUAUCACAGAGUACAGCAGAGAAGUCGCAGCCAAUGAAAAAGUGUGUUUAGCUCUCGUGCUAAACUCAUAUCCAGCCAGACGAUGUAGUAGCUACCAGAGAGUACAUAAACACAGCAGCAACAACAGCCACAAAAAAGAGAAUACAUAUAACAGAAUAUUUUUUUUCCUAUUUUUGUACUCAAGAAGCAAAAUGUAUUGUUGUCGUACGAAUAACCAGCAUGUUACAUUACGGUUAAAUAUACAGUAGGUGGUCGUUCAUUCUUGUACAACAUAUCUACAGUUAUCGGGUUUUGUGCUUUUAGUUUAACAGAUUUCAUCCAUAAUCCUUUUUUAAGCUUUGUCAUUUGAAAUAGAAGACACAUUGGAAUGUUAAUGGGAACAGUUUUACACAUGUUUUAUUUCUUUUUGUCAGGAAUGUUUGGCUCUUCCAUAAACUGGAAUAAAUUUUAAUUGGAUAUUAAAUGUUCUCAAACUGC